CAGUAUCAAAAUAAAGAACUACUACAAAGUAAACGUGUGUUGUGAUUUGAAUGCACGCCAUCCGUAUAUAAUUACGGUAUAAGUUAAUAAUACAUUAGAAAAAAAGAAAUGAUCGUAAAAUAUACUAAUAUUAGUUUGUAAUAUAUAAAUAUAUUGUCUGGCGCACAAUUGAAUUAAUAUUUAAAAAACAAUAUGUGAAAAUAUAAAGAGAAGUGAAUGACUAUAGUAAAAGGAUAACUUGGCUUGAUGUGAAAGAUGAUUGGUCGAAAAGAUAUCACAAACUUAGAGUUGGCAGAAGAUUCAAGUAUUAAUAAUCUUAUUGCUAAAUUAUGUGAAAAUAUUGUUAAUGAUUCAUUCAACAGAAAACAUACUUGCCAUCAAUACAAAUGUUUCAACCAUCUUAUACAGCAAGAAAAAAUAACAAAGCACUUGAAAAGAAAAGCAUAUGAAAUUUUGCUGAAAUUUUCGAAAAUAGAUGUGUCUACAAGUUUGGAACCUUUGGAUUUGUCACCUAUUGAUUAUAUUUUGGCAGAUAUUUAUAAUCUCAGAAUUACAAGACAGUUUGAUAAAGCAAAUCAAUUAGAAACACUCUUAAACAGGUUAAAAGACAAUGACAAUAUUACCCCAGAAGAUGAAGGAUUUAAUGAAACAGAUUCACCCUUAAGUUUUCACUCUGGAUUAUCUUGUUACAAUGAUAUCUGGGAGAUUGCUCUUAAGUCGGAUCAGAGAGAUUAUUUCUCUUGGGAAACUGAACAAAUGAUGUUUACUGUUAAAGCUGGGAUCCAUUUAGCUGGUUUGACUCCAGGUUGUACUGCUAAACUUUUAGAAAGAUUUGUUGAUAGUGGUACCGAGUACUGUCGAUUAGAAAAAUUUGCAACUGAAAUUAGUUCAAAUGUAUGCUACAAUAAAGGUUUAGUAAUGCAGGCUUUUAAAGGAGGAUUACAACAAUAUCUUCAUUAUUAUCAAGCUAUGGUACUUUAUUUAUCACAAUAUGACUUUACUGUAUUACAAUUAGAUCAAACUUUUGGAAAACUCUUCAGACAGUUAAGCUAUAUUGCAAAACUGUGCAAAUGUUCAAGCUCAUCUAAUGUUAAUUCACAAAUCUUUUUUCCUCAGAAAUUAAAUAUAUUAUCAGAAGAUGAAGGAUUUAAUGAAACAGAUUCACCCUUAAGUUUUCACUCUGGAUUAUCUUGUUACAAUGAUAUCUGGGAGAUUGCUCUUAAGUCGGAUCAGAGAGAUUAUUUCUCUUGGGAAACUGUUGGAUGUUCAAAUAUUAUGAAAGAAAAAGCAUUUAUUACUGAAGCAGGACCAAGGGCAACUGAAAUGAUUCACCAAGUUCAUCUUUAUGAAUUAUAUCUAAUGGAUCCUACUUUUUCAGUUGUUCCCACUAUCACAGUGACACACAAAUCUUUAAUCAGAGAUGUUUUUUACUUGUUAAUUGGGGUUCCAUCAAAAACAUUUCUUUACAUGAAGGAACAAAUGAUGUUUACUGUUAAAGCUGGGAUCCAUUUAGCUGGUUUGACUCCAGGUUGUACUGCUAAACUUUUAGAAAGAUUUGUUGAUAGUGGUACCGAGUACUGUCGAUUAGAAAAAUUUGCAACUGAAAUUAGUUCAAAUGUAUGCUACAAUAAAGGUUUAGUAAUGCAGGCUUUUAAAGGAGGAUUACAACAAUAUCUUCAUUAUUAUCAAGCUAUGGUACUUUAUUUAUCACAAUAUGACUUUACUGUAUUACAAUUAGAUCAAACUUUUGGAAAACUCUUCAGACAGUUAAGCUAUAUUGCAAAACUGUGCAAAUGUUCAAGCUCAUCUAAUGUUAAUUCACAAAUCUUUUUUCCUCAGGUUCCAUAUAUCUUAAAUCAGUGUCAAGGUUUAGUAAUGCAGGCUUUUAAAGGAGGAUUACAACAAUAUCUUCAUUAUUAUCAAGCUAUGGUACUUUAUUUAUCACAAUAUGACUUUACUGUAUUACAAUUAGAUCAAACUUUUGGAAAACUCUUCAGACAGUUAAGCUAUAUUGCAAAACUGUGCAAAUGUUCAAGCUCAUCUAAUGUUAAUUCACAAAUCUUUUUUCCUCAGGUAUUUUGUUUUGUAGGUUUAGUAAUGCAGGCUUUUAAAGGAGGAUUACAACAAUAUCUUCAUUAUUAUCAAGCUAUGGUACUUUAUUUAUCACAAUAUGACUUUACUGUAUUACAAUUAGAUCAAACUUUUGGAAAACUCUUCAGACAGUUAAGCUAUAUUGCAAAACUGUGCAAAUGUUCAAGCUCAUCUAAUGUUAAUUCACAAAUCUUUUUUCCUCAGGGACUAGAUUUAUUAUCAUAUCUUUAUCAACAUGCUUAUGAAUCUUGGGGGCAAGAACAUGGUGUUGUGGUGGUAUUUCUUCUUAAAUCUGCAUGCACACCUUACUUAAGAUAUUUAACUCAAUGGAUGUUUGAAGGUGUUUGUAAUGAUCCAUAUAAUGAAUUUCAUAUUGAAGUUAAUGAUAUGUAUAUAAAUACUCGAGAUGAAAUGUAUUGGACAAAGAGAUUUAUUUGGAAGGUUCCAGAUGCUUCAACUGAUAGCAUUCCAUUAUUCUUGACAGAUAUAGCAAAGCAUAUAUUUAUUUGUGGAAAAUCUCUUAAUUUAUUAAAAUUAUGCUGUUCACAGCAUCACAUGUGUCAUACGCAAGAAUUUGCUCCAACUUUAAUAUUAUCUACUUCUAACGAAAUGGCUGAACAUAACAAGAAGUUAAGUGAAGAAUAUAAAAUGAAAAUGAUAAAGAUAUUUGAAGAAGAAAAACAAACAAAACAAAAAAUAGCUGCAUUAAAAGAACAAGAUCGGUUGAAGAUUUUAAACAAAUGCCAUCAAAGAAUUAAACAAUAUACAGAAAAAAUUAAAAGAAGUCAAGAGGAAUUUCUAAAAGAACAACUAGAAAAGAAACAACAACAAAUGAGAGAUAUACGAAGUCAAAUUGAAGACAAAGAGGCAAGACAAAUUCUAGAAAAAGAGAAAUUAAAAGAAAAGGAAGAAAGAUUACUUGACAAUAAUGAAAAUGAACAAGCAGAAAUUGCUAGGGAGGAUAUGAUUCCAGAAAAUCAAAAAUUAACAAAUGAUGCUACAUAUAAGAAAAAUUUAACAGAAUGGAGUACAAAGAGAUGGAAAUUGCAACCUGAAAGAAUUGAUAAUUUAUUAAAAUUAGAAAAUCAGGAAAGAAGCUUAUCAACAGAAAAAAAUAAGGAUAAAGUAGAAACUUCAAAGUCAGAUAUUUCUCCAAAAGUUAAAUUGAAUUCAGAUCAAGAAUUAAGUCUAAGUAAAACUGUAGAAAAUGAAGUAUGUAAUGAAAGCAAUGACAUUCAGAAUACAAAUGAAACUUCAGCAAAAGACUGUGAGGAUAAAAUAAAUAAUCCUGCUUGUUUCAGUCCUGUAAAAUUAGAAAAAGCAAAUAAUGAAUUAAAAAAUCAAACCAAGGAAUUAUUAAAAGAUAAUAAUGAAUCUUAUGAUGAAGAUUUAUCAAAUAAUAAUCAUGUACAAUCUUCAAAAGAAACAAAUGCUUUUGAUACUAAAAGUGAUCCAGAUUUCUGGAAAACAGCUCUGCGGGAAAAUACUACAAAUGCUGUUCUUAAAUUUCGAGGAAAGAACAUUCAUGGACAUUCUUCAGAUUCUGUAAUCCAAAAUAUCAUCUAUAAUAAGACAAUGCAAGAUGAAUCAACAAAGCAAGCAGAAAAGAAUGAAAAAAAAGAAAAUGUUAUCCUUGAUGAUCAUCAGUUACUAGAAAAAACUGUUUAUGAAAUCCCAGAAAAGUUACAUUCAUACAAAAAGGACUUUGAUAUGUUUGAUAAAACACCAAUGUUUGACAUACUGAUGAAUAUUCCUAAAACAAAAAACAGCAAAAUCAAUGAAUGCAAGGACGACGAAAAAUCCACUCAAUACAUUCCGUUACCAGUUCUGUUAAACCGGUCGAUUCUUCCUCUUAUUCAAACACAAAUUCAUUUGGUAAAUAAGAGCGUGGUUGAUUUCUUCACCACCGACCUCCGCAUUAACGAUCACUUUAAAGCUCUUCGAAAUUACUAUUUCUUUCAAGACGGCGAAUUUGGACAAAUGCUCAGUCAACUCCUUUUCGAUAAGAUAGCGCAAUGUAAUGCUCCAGCAGAAUUGCUGAAUCCACCCACACUUAACUCGAUCUUGGCCAGAGCGAUUGCUUCAACCAUUCACGCAGAUAAUCCUCUGGCCGAAAAUCUUAGUUUUGCAGUGAAAUUUAUACCCGUGGUGUUCCCUCACAAUGCGUCCAGCAUUUUAAAUUGUCUCGAACUUAGAUAUAAGGUAUCGUGGCCAUUAAAUAUUGUCAUUACGGACAAAUGCAUCGAUCAGUAUAAUCUUCUCUUUGGAUUAUUGCUUCAAGUAAAACGAAUGCUAUGGUUACUUAACGAUAUAUGGUAUCAUUUAAAAACUGUUGAAAGGGAACGUAACGUACGGAGCUCGUUGCAGUGUCGACAGCUACAAUUAUACAGACACGAAAUGCAGCAUUUCGCACGCGUAAUGCAAUCGUACAUCGCCAGUCAAGUGUUACAAGUGACGUGGAAUAGUUUCCAGAGCGUGCUGCAAAAUAAAGUCUUCAACCUGGACCAACUGAGAGACGUUCACAUUUCUUACCUUAAAAAGGCGGGUUUCAGGUGUCUGUUGUCGAAGAAAGCGGCGCCCGUCAUGAAGAUCAUCCAAGACAUUUUCAACAUCGUAACCAAAUUCCGUUGCCAGCUUUUCACCGCUUCCUGGCAGUUGAAUGGGCAAACCAAACAAAUGGAACAUCCUUCCUAUCCUCUUCUGGUCACGUCGUAUAAAAUUUUUAAAGAGUAUUCUUCCUUUUUGUACAGAGUGCUGAAGAAAUUGGUAGCAAAAGGAUACCAACCCCACUUGCAAGAAUUCUUGGCAACGUUCGACGUUAACCAUUACCACGAGAGAACCGCUAGGACGGGCGACGGCCAAGAUCCGUCGUAUACGUAAAUAAAAGGCAUUAAGUAAUGUUUGUACUUUUUAUUUCGAGAGUACAAGUAAACGUGACAGUUUCUCUAUAAUACAAAAACUCUAUGAAUGUCGAUUGCACUGAUAAAACAUAACUACAAACAAUGUCGUCAUAUAUAUAUAUAUAAUAGAAAACAAUUAUACUAUACAGAAUAUCAUUUUAUCAAAGGAAGAUUA